CUCGGCAAAUCAGUUGUCAACCAGCAGGCGGAGAGAAAACAUUACAUUUGGAAGUGGAGUGUAAAUUUUUUAUUGCGAGUGGUGAUUAAGUUAAGAGCAGAAAAAAUACAGCAAAAUGGAUUAUUGAGUUGCAGUACUGGAGUAAAUCAAGUGUUGACUUGUUUUCUGAUUGUUUGAAACAAGCAGAAUUUCCGCCAUGGCAGAGGAGGACAAAGCCUCUCGCAACGAUGAGGUUUGGAAACGGGUCAAGACGUACAUACCGUUCCUGCAGGAGUUGAUUAGUUUCUACAAAAACGACAAUCAGCAAAACAGGCAGCAGCAGCUUCAAAAGCUGACCACCAUGUACGAUCUUCUGACAAACAAGAGGUUAAACUACGGUUCGCUCUGCAAAUGUGAGGGGGUGCUGAUUAAGCUGUAUGAAACGAACCCGUUGAAGAAAAAGGACGCAACGGAUGAGGCGUCAAAAGCAUCUGCGUCCACUGAUUCUGAAUCACCAGAAGAGCCAGCUGCCGAAACGUCCUCAGCGGAUAUACCAACCCCGGCAUCUCCGGUUCCAGACACACCGGCCGAGCCGGAUCCAGAACCGGAGCCCACCGAAGCACUCGCCGAUAGUCGUGAUCCUAUUGUGCCAUCGAAUGGUCGUACCAAAUCGCCGGAUAAAGCUACCGAAAAGCCACCGCUAACGCUGGAUGAGAUCCAAAGACUGAUUAUCGAGAAGCCCAACACCAAGGUGCGGGCGGCAAUCAACGAUACGUUGAAAUCGUUGAAGCGGAUUCCGUCGGUUCCUUUCGACCACAACCAUGGCAACCCGAAUAUCCCGUUCCCCCCUGCUUCACACAUGAUACCGCCUUCGCCGGUCGACGUUUCUCCAACAUCGUCGUACUGGCAGACUGAAAAUGAUUCUUAUGAACACUUUCCACAUCCAGCGACCAACUCCUUUCGGCCCACGGCAUCUCGCAACAGUAACAUCAUAGAGCUGACUCCAGGUCCGUCGGAGUUGUCUCCUCUUUAUCGACGCCGCGAAAAUUUGCCGGAUGAUGUGCGAAUGACGAAUGAUCGAAUGGAUAUUUCCCCCCUGUACACACCGCCCCAAACAGUGCCACCACCAGUGCCGGUCCAUCCUCCGAUGAUUAAAGAUCCCCGACUUCGGAAAGCGGCGGCAAUUUCCACCGGAAUGCCGUUGCCCGACCAAGCUCCUCCUGAUCCUGUGAAUCGGUUUCAUUUGCCCCCCAAUACUCAUGACUCACGAGUGGCUCGUCCCCUUCCACCUGCCCCGCCUCCUCCGAACGAGCUGCCCAAGUGUAUCGCUCCGAAUCCCAAUCUUCCAUUGGAAUUCCCGAAGCGACGACUGAGUAUCUGCGCCAACCAGGUGAUUGUAGAGGAAAUUCCUCCUGAGCCCGUGCUGCCACCCGUAACUGGGUUUCCAGCUCGUAGAAUGAGUGUUGGAGUAGAAAGAUUACCACCACCACCACCGCCACAGUACGAUCAACCUUUUCACGGACCACCGUUCGUGCCACCACCGGUUCAACCGUCACUGCCCAUUUUCCCAGUAUCAGCGCAACCUCAUCCGAUGAUGAUUCCGCCACUGCCCAUGGAUGUCCCCUCUGUUGUAGAUCGUGAUCCUCGCCGGAAGCAUCAACAUGGCGGCGAUUUUAGGGGCCCUCCAUCGCAUCCACAGCAGCAUGUGACGGGACGAUUGGAUCAUUUGGUACCUGGCCCUAACAGGACCCCGUCUACGUAUGCUGAGUAUCGUCGUCAGAAGGAAAUGCGAGAGAAACACAUAAGUGAUAAGGCCAAGGAAAGCCGAAAGCCGGACGUGGACAAGUCAAAACCCGUCGAAGAUCCCAGCCUGUCCAUCGGAAUGGUUCCCAAUAACAACCGCGUGGCUGCCAAGGCAUACGCGAAACCGGGAAAGCCGUCUAUUCACAAGGAACGACAUUUUGCUCCCCAAGCAAAAGAUCACGCCAAGCACGAUGCCAAGUCGAGCUUUAAGCCGUACAAGCACAACUCCCCAGCGUCUGGCUCCUCGUCGUCAUCCUCGCACAAACCCGAGAAGAAACAGCAUUCAUCGGAGAAAAAGGACAAGCCAGCCGCCGGUUCGAAGGGUAGGGAUCUAUUUGGUGAGCAGCUGUCCUCGUUCGACAAGAUGUAUCGCAGCGGAGAUUUUACCAAAAAGUCUUCCUCCCCCGCGACGGGAAUUGGCGGGUUCAAAAUCCCCAAAAUCAAACGAGUGGAACCACCGGCUCCGCCCAAGAUUGUUGAGGAAAAGGAAGAGAAGAUCGCCGGCAAAAGUCGACCAAACGCGAACAAAGAGAAAAGCAAAUCUCCCGAGCCACCGAUGGGCAGCAUCGAAGACGACGACUUGUGGGAUGCCGAUGAACUGCCGAAGCAAGCAGCGCCGAAGGAAGGCAAAAAGAAAGGACCAAAAAAGCAGCCAAAGCCAGCCGCAGCAAGUCUGUGCACGGACGACGAUAUGUGGGAUAACGAUCCAGUGCCGUCGAUUGAACCUGCUGAACCGUCUCCGCCGGCGGAGGAGUCUAACGUUGACAGCGACAAGCCGGAAUUCCAGGUCCCAACCAUCGUUCCUAGCGCUACCAAAGAGAAGCCAGUAUUCCAGAUGCCAGCAAUUCCGGCUGCGCGCAGGAUCAUGACUCGACGAAACUCGGUGGCUAUCAGUCAAAUGCACGGUGAUGAAGUGCGAAAGCCGGUGGUGGCAUUACCUACAUCGGUUCCAGCAAGGAUCACGAGACGUCGGGCAUCGAUCGCGGUGUCACAGGAUGAUAUUGAACGAAAUUCGGCCAAUACACCACCGCCUCCUGCAGCUCCAACGGCUGAUGCUGACGAUGAAGUUGUGGUCAGGAAGCUGCGUAAAAACCGUAAGCGUAUAGUGGUUAUCGACGACGAUGACGAAGAUGAAAAACCGGUGACGACUGACGAAGGCGAAACUACAGUCUCGUCAGCAGAAAUCGCGACGAAACCAACGGAGGAAGCUGCCAGCGAAAAUGUCGUGUCGAGCACCACCAGCGAGCCACAAGGCAAAAAGCCCAAGAAGAAGCCCGGCCGUAAGCCGCGAGUUGCUUUGGCUGACGAAGAUCAUACAGCAAGUGAUGACACAACUGCCGAGCAGACUGAUCUAAAGGACGAGGACACGAAAGUUCCGGAUGAAGAGCCUACAAAGUGCACCGAUGAAGACAAGAAGGAAAACAAGGACGGCAUAGAGAGCCUGUUGUCUAAUUCCACCCCGGAUAACAAAGCCCAACUAUUGGCGAUGCUGAGCACAAUGUUGGACGAGAAGAAGCUGAAGAAAAUCCAGGAAAUCAUCGAAAGUCCUAGUGACAAGACUAUCCAGAACGAGCAGGACCCAAAGCCGGACGACGGCGAAGCUGAAGGCAGCAGGGAACGUACUACAUCCGCGUCAAUCAGCUCUACGAAUGAAGCUUGCGAGAAAGAAAAGAACGCCGCCGCCGUCAAGAAGAAGCGAAAGGCGACAGAACUGGACAAGCUGAACGAAAAUAUUGCGGAAUGCUACGAUCGGGACGAAAUCCUCAAAGCAACCGGAAGACGAAGCUGCACCAGACGCAGCAUACCGGUGGCUGAAGAUGUCGUCAAACCUCCCGCAACGAAGCGUUCAGUGGUGGAUCUCACGCAACCGAAGGAGAAGGCUGAACCAAAGCUGCGAAAUUUGAAGGUGGUGGUCCAGAAGCUGGACGUGACCAUGAUAAACGGUCGUGCUCGAAAGAUUACCGAAGAGAGCGUGGACGAUGACCACGUGUCGAUUGCGUCCAGUUCGGCGUCUGUUUCGCCGAAAUCGAAAAAGAAGCGACGAAACGUUUGGGCGACGGGAGUUGUAUCUAAGAAGAAGAAAAAGACGGAGGCCAAACCCCAGCAGGCAGCCUCUUCUCCGAUGAAAACGUACGCUCCGAAACCGGUGACCAAGAACACGCUUCGUGAGCUGCACUGUAAGAGUGACAAGUCCAAGGAUUGUGCCCUCUGCUCAUAUACCGGACAGAUUUCAAGCAUGGUUCAGCACUACGUGCGCUAUCACCCGUUGCACGAGGUGUACCUGAGCCGUAUUCCGAAUCCGACCGCCAACAAGAUCAAGAAGGACCCCAUGAAGGUUACUGGUAACAUCUGCGAGCAGAACAUUACCUUCGAAUGCAUCUUCUGCAAGGAAGUUCUGACGAAAACGAGGUACAACUGGAAACUGCACCUGGCGAGCCACACCGGAGAGUAUCGGUACAAGUGCACGAACUGCACGAUCAAAUCUCUGACGCCCUGCACGUACUCGCACGAUAGCGAAUGUAGUGGUUCUUCGAUGGAGGUGGUCAACGAGUUGGUGUUUGAGGAGAACCACAUCCACGCGUACUUGUGCCGGCUGUGCAACUUUGUUCAGCUUUCGCCGGACAAUAUGAAAACGCAUUUGAAAGAGGAGCACGAUCGGCAACGAUGCACUGGAAUGCUUCAGUUCAGUGCGCUGAACUUUGAACCCGACAUGUCGGCAGAGGCUUCGAAGUCGAACGAAACCCUAGAUUCAGAUAUCUCGAUGCCCGAACUUACGCCCCAGAUCACGACUAACAGGCAAAGCGACAUGUCGGCUUUCAUUCCAUCCGUCAGCGAGGAAAUUGACUCACUUCAGGUGUUGACCGAUCGCAGUUUUGUGUCGCCUCCGAAACCAUCGAUCGUUGAUCGGCUGCGGAAGAACUUGGACGAAAUGAUGCGAUCAAAAACUACGCCGAACGACGAUGACGAGUGGGAGGACAUUGAAUCUCCAACCAAGGAGGACUCGGCUGAAGCUAAGACACGUCAGGCAGCGGCAACGAAGGCACGCCGGUCGCUGGCAGAAUCAAACAACGUUCCGAUGCCGUCACCGCUGGAAGUGAAAGAGGAGCAAGUCGAUGUUUUCGAGCGCAAGGAGGUGGUGUCGAACAUCGGGUUCUGUAGGGUCGCCGACAAAACGUGGUAUCUUUGUGUGAUUGGAGAUUGCAAGUAUGCCAAUACGAAUCGGACGGAGAUGUACGCACACGUUAAUCAGCAUGGCAACAUUCUGUGGGACGGAUUUUGCCGCCUCUGCACGGCUCAGGUCAUCGACGAAGAUUCAUGUGAGCUGAGCAAAGAAGUUAAACACAUGGCCGUAGUUCACAUCAAGGACCGCUCGGCGAUUGACGACUUGAACGUGGCGCCUCCUGCUCUAUGUCCUGUGCCGGUUCCAAUGGAGGAGCGGCCUGGUUUGAAACUGCGGAGGUUUUCCGGCGAUAAACUGUCCCUGGCGGAAGAAGCUGCUGCGGAAGAGAAGCCGAUCAAUCUGAAGCCUUGGCUGGAAAUGGCCACGGUUAAGGAACGCGCCCACUGCCUAAACAUGCUCGAACCGAAGAGUUUGUACGGCUUCUACAAGUGCAUGGCGGUCAGCUGCUGCUUCACCACGCACGUCGACUCCAUGAUGGACAAGCACCUGGACAACCACGAACUGGUCGGCGACAUGCACGGUCCGGUGAGUCGCAAAAGUUGGCUGGAAUGUUCCUACUGUGAUAUUACGGCCGAGAGCAAAGCCGAUCUGAUGCGACAUCUAAAGAUGAUGCACGGAAAGAGCGCCCACCAGUGUGCGUACUGUUUCUAUCGGAGCAGGGAAGCGUACAACGUCAUCCUGCACCAAAAGCUCGUGCACGGCCAGGAGAAGAAUCAGAUUUUGGUCAUCGAGGCGGACAAACAUCCGCUGACUGCGGUGGACCAGGAGCUGCUGAAUCGGCGUCGAAUGGAUAACAUUACCCCGUUGAUUUGUACCGUGUGCAAGUCGGAGUUUUGCGUUCUCGACGCGUUCAUGACCCACCUGAAGGACGUCCACCCGGACACGGUGAACGUGGCUUGCCAGUGUUGCCAGGAGAGCAUCCAGAAGCAGAAGAUGCCGCGCCAUCUGCUGACGCACCGGAUCGGAAUCUACGAGUGCAUUUACUGCAAGUUUGGCACCGACACGAUGGAAGCGAUCCAGGUGCACGUGUGCAAUCAGCACCCGAUGGAGCCGUUCUACUGCUGCGUUCGGUACAACAAAACCCCCGGAAAGAUCAUGGAGGCCACCUUGAAGUCGCUGUACGAGAAAGCCCUGGAAGAGAGUGUGUUUGUGCCGUGUUCGUACACGAAUGAGGAACUCAGCUACAAGUCGGUCGAUACGAAGAGCAAUCACGAUAUAUGCUACACGGGAGUCGCCAAACCGACGGUGAUUCCGCUGCAAUUGCCACCGAUUCGUGUCGGCGAUUCAAACAUCCUGUUGAGCGCCCAGAUUCCUUCGGCUUUGUCGUCAUCGUCGUCGGUGGGGUUGUCCCAGCAGCCCAAGCAAACGUUCGUGGUUAACCGGACGGAGGUGAUCAAGGUUCCAAUGAUUGCGUCCGUUUCCGGCGGUGGAAUCAUGCUGCCGUGCACGACGUCGGUGCCGAUCAUUUCGGCAGUUCAAGGAAACUACCAGGAGCAUGCGCCUGCACCCUCGCAGAGUAUGCCGAUCAUUACACAGGUGCGUGGUGGUGCGGCCGCCGCUGCUACAAGUUCUGUGCCGAUCAUUUCCAGGGUUGAAGGCGGUUGCACCGCAAUGGCGGUGGUCAGACCGGCCUCUUCCUUGGUAGGUACAAAGAUAGUUAUAUCGCCGAAUAAGAUGCCUGUUUUACCGAUCAUCACUAACGUAUGCAGUAUUGGUGCAUCACUUCAACAGCUACCGCAGGAGGACGAAGCGCUGAUGCUGGAAGCGGAACGUAUCGCGAUCGAAAUGAUCAAGGACACCGGGCUGCCCAAGGCACACCUCUACAAAUGCAUUUUUAAGGGGUGCAAUGCUCAGUCCGCGGAUAGCAUCGGUUUGCGGAAGCAUCUAACGUACGGACACUUGCCAUCCGCGUCGUACACGUGCAGUCACUGCAAGAAGCAAAAUCAGUUCCCCAAUUUGGUGACUUUUGUGCAGCACCUGAAGUCGCACGAAACGCAGCGAGUGUUUUGCUUUAUCUGCGAUUACAAGGGAUCUUACCCGCCGGAUGUGAUCAAGCACGUGAAGGAGGUUCACAAGUUCAACAAACCAACCAUUCUGUUCCUGAACCCGAAGAAGAACGAUCCCAACAACGACAUCAUCCUGUUUGCGCCGGGUCAACCAACGGAGGCCGAGAAGAGGGCUUACUACCGAAAGCUGAUUGAUCUGUACAACCACAAAAUGCAGGCUGCUCUGCUUCAGCAGAAGACGCACUUUGCCCCGGACGAGUGUGAAACGCUGCCAAAACAAGCCAUCUUCAGUCAAAUGGUUAGCUGCAGCACCUGCCAGUACAGCACCAAAGUUCGCAUCAACAUGUACCGCCAUCUGAAGGGUCACCUGAACGAUAUGCCCGUGUCGAACGUUGAUCCUAAAAAUCCUGUUCCGUGUUGGGGCCAAGGCGAGAAGCACUUUGAUCGGAUGCGCAACCCUGCCGCCAGUUCCCAGGAAGACGACGAUUUGAUCCAGUCGCUGUGCUUCGUGCAGGAAACCAAGCGAUACAUUUGCGGUGCACCAAACUGUCGAUAUCUGACCAUCAACGAAGUCAUGCUGCAAACCCAUCUCAACGCGCUGCACGGCGAUGUGAAAGAGUACAAGUGUCCUCACUGUCCAGCGGUGCACGUAUUUGCCGGUCAACUGAACGCGACCAAAGUGCUGGAGCACCUGCGACUGCACGACAAAGAGCUGUACCGAUGCAGCACGUGUCAGCUGUUCCUGAACAACCAGAAGGAUAUCAAUCGGCACGUGAGUGAUAAGCACCCGCCAAGUGCGAACGCCGCAGUGCUUGUGAUUCGGGACGGCAGCACUGCUGGCAGUGCCGCGGCCUCGGCGGACAGCGAUGUGGUCUUCAAGUGGAAGUGCGACGUUUGUAUGUUCAAAAGUGUAACCCUCGGUGAGAUGAGAUCCCAUCUGCAGGACACGCACAACAUCAACGCCAAGUAUCGAUGCGCUCGGUGCUUGUUCAGUUCGUCGCUCAAGAGUGCCUUUACCCGGCACUACGAGCAGCAACAUCCGGGAGUUGAAAUUCUCAUCAUCUCACUGUACAAAGCGAUCGAAGGGGACGAUAGCCGGGCCGAUACGACGCCUCUGUGGCGCCGGGAAGUCAACAAAACGAAGAGCAUCCGAGGAAUUCAGGUCGAGGUUGAAGAAGAUCAAGAAGACGUAGAGGACGAGGAGGAAACACCGGCGAACGUUGUCAUCGUUGGAACGCCGAGUACCUCUGGAAAGCGUCGAAGCGCGGAACUCGCGGAAGGCGCCGGCAGUUUGGCCAAACGCCCCAAGCAGGACGCUACCCCGGUGAUCAAGGCGUUCAAGUGUGGAUUCAGGGGCUGUACUUACGUGGAUGAUUUCGGAGCGGGCAUCGUGUCCCACUUCAAAGCGGCACAUCCAAACGAAAAACCAUCGGUCCUUCGCAACUCGUUGGCCAAUCCGGAACAGUCCCGCUUCGAUUACUUCCUGAAGUACGCUUGCCAUUACUGCAUCAAGAAGGCGGACACCAUCCAGGAGCUGAUUCAACACUGGAAGCAAAUGCAUCAGCUGGCAGGAACUCGCAGCAAGGACAAGCCGUUUCUGUUCCGAACCUCGAAGAUCAUCCUGUGCUUCUACUGCCGGAAGGGUGCGGUGAUGCCGGAGAUGAAGUCGCACUUUACCGCGUUCCACUCGGGACUGCAGCCCAUCUACAUGGACUUCCGCAAUCCGAAACGGUGCGCCGAGUGUGACUUCGUCAUGGGUGCCAACCGGCAAGAGAUGGUGAAUCACUUCGCCCAAAAUCACAAAGUGGAGAACGAAUAUUCCAAGGGCUGGAUAGAUUUCCUCACCGACGACGUCGUGAACAAAAUCCUACGUCUCAACAGCUCCAACUACGGCUGUGAAAAGUGUCCCUUCAUCACGGACAACAACGCGGACUUUGCGGCCCACUACACCGCCAACCAUCCCGGCCAAGCUGUGAUCUUCAACGAGUACACCGUUCCGCAGACCAUCACCUACCACUGUUCGUACAACAACUGCAAGAGCGAAAUUGCCGACGAAAAGAGCUUGGCGCAUCACAUUCUGUACCACGUGCCGAUCUUCAAGUGCCUGGGCGGCGAGGGCCAGUGCAACGUACAGUUCCGUACCUUUACGAUGUUGAUGCAGCACCACCAGACGACACACAAGAACGAGGGUCUGCGUUACGCACUCAAGACUCCCGAGGAAUACAAGGAAGUGCUGCGAAUGAUUACCAUUCAGUUUUGGAACGGAUUCAUGAUGACGCUGGAGGAUGCACGGCAGGCCGGAAAUCGCUACGCAAGCUCAAACGGACUCUUCAAACUCGUCAACCAGCUUUGCCACGACUCCGUGCUCGCAGAAAGUCAAGCCCUCACGGGUUAGCUAUCGUAGGUUACGUUAAGUUUCGCUUACUUUCCUUAUUAGACAUCCGAUGUUAAGUAUUCCAAAUGUAUCAUGAUCGAGGUACAUGCCGUGUUUUAAUCUGUGAAUAAAAAUCCUAUGUUAUUCAGUUUGUA